UUGGUGAGUUGCAAAAAUGAACAAUCCAUUCCAAACCUGUCUACCAAGAGAGUUCACCCCAAUGCCUACUUCCAAGUACUCUGUAAUUUCUACUGUUUUUCUGUCUGCGUUAAUCUUUCUAGUCUUUCUAAGCGAAGCAGCUCCAAUUUACAGUGAUCAUUACUGUACAAAAUCUAUCACUUACCAACCAAACACAACAUUUCAAACAAAUCUUAAUCACCUCAUAUCAUCUCUUUCCUCCAAGGCCAGUGAAGGCAACCAUUUCUACAGAACAAAAGUUGGCAGUGAUGCCCCUAACAUGGUCAACGGCCUCUUUCUCUGCCGGGGUGACAUCCUCACCAGCACCUGCCAUGAAUGUGUGAGCACCGCAGCCAGAGAGAUAAAACGCCGUUGCUCGAGUGAGAAAGAAGCAAUAAUCUGGUUCGACGUGUGCAUGUUGCGCUACUCUAACCAAUAUCUCAACAACAUAGUUCCUUCAGUGAGCCUGUUGAAUUCAAAGAACAUAUCUCGUGCUGAUUUGGACAGGUUCAAUGAAUUGCUGGCUGGCAUGUUGAAUGCUCUGGCAACUAAAGCUGAGAAUUCCCUGAGCGACAAGUUUGCAACAGAGGAAUUGAACUUCACGAGCACAGUGACCCUUUACGGAUUAGUGCAGUGUACGCCUGAUUUGACAGUGUUUGAGUGCAACAUGUGCUUCAGAAGCGCCAUAGCAUCAAUCCCCAAUUGCUGCAAUGGAAAACAAGGAGCAAGGGUGCUGCUUCCGGGUUGCAAUAUUAGAUAUGAACUCUACCCUUUUUAUAAUACUACAUCACCGGUCGUUCAAUCUCGUUCUUCAGGAAGGAAGCAUGUUUCAAUAAUUAUAUCAUUUGUCAUUCCGAUUGUUGCUUUAGUGGUGCUUUUCAUUUUAUGCUCUUUUGUGGAAAAGAAGGCAAGAAAAAGGAUACAGUUGUGGAAGAAAUCGAAAAUGGAAUUUUCCAAAGAUAUAGAAGAAAGUGAUACAGGAAAGAGUUCAAGAAAUUAUAGUCGAGGUAAUGAGAAUGCUCAGAAGUAAAUUAUUUGGAGUUGGGACAACAGUAUCACUAAAAUUCGAGACUUAUUUGAUUUUAUAAGCUUGAUUUGGAAGGUUGUAAUUAAUCCAAAUAGCUUUGAAAACUUAGGAUUCAAGAGUUAAGGAAAUCUCUAACGAAAUGUUCAGAUGCAUCCAUGUUUGGAUUAUUGUGCUUAGAAAGAUACUGCCAUUGAAUUAGUGGGCUCAGCGCUCUGGUUCACUUGGUGUUGCUUGCCAAUGUCUGCUUAUAGGUGGCGAGUGGUGAGAUAGGAGUAGGACUAGCCAUAAAUUCUUAGUGAGUUUGAGUAAAACAUUUUUUUUUUUUACUUUGUAUUUCA